CCCAGCUAAGGGAGGGGUUCAGCAGCUGAAACUGCGCAUGCUCCGUGCGAGCCCCGGUGAGGGACGGAGAAUAAAUCUGGUAUUGCCGCCUCGGUGUGAGCCAGGCUGCAGAAUGACGUCCAUGUUUUUAUCCAGCUCAUCCCAUCCUCCCAUGACACAGGGAAGAGAAAUGGCUGCAGUGGAGCCAGCUCAGGGUUUCCAGUUUCCAAACCUCUCAUAAUCUCCCAGCUCAAACAAGGGAAAGAGCCGUGGGUUCCAGACCUCCAGGGUUCAGAGGAAAGGGAAAUCCUGAGAGCUCCCUACACAGCAGGUGAUGCAAUGCUAUGUGAGAAAGAGGAGCAGAAUUCUCACCAGGAAAAUGUUGAGCAAGUGGCUAAACACAGAGAAUUAUUGCAAAGAUCGAAAAGGCAUGUGUCCAGGAGUCAUGAGCAGAGAAAAUUCCGUGAGAUUCAGCACAGACCAGAAAGAGAGCAAGGAAACCAUCCAGGGGAGAAAAUGGGUACAUUUAUUUCCUGUCGGGGAACUCAGAAGCAUGUCAAGGAAACCACAACACAGCAGGAAAUCCUCAUGGGCAAGAGGAAAAAUACAUGCACUGAGUGUGGAAAAACCUUCACUUGCAGCUCAUCCCUUUCUGUUCAUCAGAGAAUCCACACAGGGGAGAGGCCUUAUGGAUGCUGUGAGUGUGGGAAAACAUUCACUUUCAGAUCAAGUCUUGUUCAUCAUAUGAGAAUCCAUACAGGGAAGAGGCCCUAUAAGUGCAGUGAGUGUGGGAAAAGCUUCACUCGGAGCUCUCAACUUACUGAGCAUCAGAGAAUACACACAGGGGAGAGGCCCUAUGUAUGCAUGGAGUGUGGGAAAAGCUUCUCUAGCACCUCAGCCCUUUCUUACCAUCAGAGAAUCCACACAGGGGAGAGGCCCUUUGAAUGCAGUGAGUGUGGGAAAAGCUUCAUUCGGAGCUCUCAACUUACUGGGCAUCAGAGAAUACACACAGGGGAGAGGCCUUAUGUAUGCACUGAGUGUUGGAAAAGCUUCUCUAGCAGCUCAGCACUUUCUUACCAUCAGAGAAUCCACACAGGGGAGAGGCCCUUUGAAUGUAGUGAGUGUGGAAAAAGCUUCUCUAGCAGCUCAGCCCUUUCUUACCAUCAGAGAAUCCACACAGGGGAGAGGCCCUUUGAAUGUAGUGAGUGUGGAAAAAGCUUCUCUAGCAGCUCAGUCCUUUUUCACCAUCAGAGAAUCCACACAGGAGAGAGGCCCUUUGAAUGUAGUGAGUGUGGAAAAAGCUUCUCUAGUAGCUCAGCCCUUUCUUACCAUCAGAGAAUCCACACAGGGGAGAGGCCUUAUAAUUGCAGUGAAUGUGGGAAAAGAUUCACUCAGAGCUCUCACCUUAUUAGUCAUCAGAGAACCCACACAGGGGAGAGGCCCUAUAAAUGCCGUGAGUGUGGGAAAAGCUUCAUGCGCAGCGCUCUCCUUACUGAGCAUCAGAGAAUCCACACAGGGGAGAGGCCCUAUGUAUGCACUGAGUGUGGAAAAAGCUUCUCUAGCAGCUCAGUCCUUUCUCACCAUCAGAGAAUUCACACAGGGGAGAGGCCCUAUAAAUGCUGUGAAUGUGGGAAAAGCUUUAUUACCAGCUCAGACCUUUCUAAACAUCAGAGAAUCCACACAGGGGAGAGGCCCUAUGAAUGCAGUGAGUGUGCGAAAAGCUUCUCUAGCAGCUCAGCCCUUGCUUACCAUCAGAGAAUCCACACAGGGGAGAGGCCCUAUAAAUGCCGUGAGUGCGGGAAAAGCUUCACGCGCAGCUCUCACCUUACUGGGCAUCAGAGAAUCCACACAGGAGAGAGGCCCUAUGAAUACCGUGAGUGUGGGAAAACCUUAUCUUGCCACUGAGCCCAUGUGAGCCAUCAGAGAAUCUGCAAGAAGGAUCAACACCAUAAAACCCUCUAGGGUUAUCGAUAGUUUAAUAGUUUCCUGAUUGCCACAUAGUAACUUUUAAAAUCUGUUUGAAGCACCAAUAACUCUCAGCUUGUCCAGAUGAGUGGGUGGCCCAUUUUUGCAUUUUGCAGUUUGCCCUCUUUGAGGUGGACUCAUUUUCCUUUCUAUCAACUCCAUUCUCCUGGGAGUAAUUCUAGUAUGCCUUUCCUAUCAGGAACCGGGGAGCAUCACAUUUAUACCAUUCCUCCUAUUGCAAAGUUAUUGUUAGAGUCACCAGUGAUACAGAUUGUAUCAUGGCCAAUUGUUCUCAUGUUGUGCCGAAGAGCAGUUAUAAUGGGAACUUUUCAUAUUGCAUUUAAAUGAAGAGGAGCAUUAGCAGGAAUAAAAUGUCAUUUCAGCCUCUGUGAUACUGGAAGGAGAUGGAAAAAUUGACAAAGAGUCCUGUGGCACCUUAUAGACUAAAAUAUGUAUUGGAGCAUAAGCA